ACGUCAGUAUUUUACACGUAAAGUUGUCAAGUGAAGUUUAUUUCUAAAAUAAUGGCUGCCGCUCAGAAACACGCCGCAACGACUUUGAAGACUCUAAGACCGCUUUUUAACCGCGUGCUGAUCAGAAAGCACGAUGCCCCGAAGGAAACUGAAGGAGGAAUUGUCCUGCCGGACAAUCUCAAAGGGAAAUGCAUCAAAGGAACGGUCGUUGCUGUGGGACCAGGAACCAUGAGAGACAGCGGAUUCCAAGUCCCCAUCAGCGUAAAACCAGGAGAUGAUGUCCUGUUGCCCGAAUAUGGGGGCACCAAAGUCCAAGUUGACGGUGACGAACUGUUUUUGUAUAGAGAAAGUGAACUCCUGGCCAAAGUUUCAAUUUAAUUGCUCUACAAAAUGUCAUUCUGAUGGAUUAAUAAAAAAUUUGUAACUCA